AGAAUAAUCGGAUAUUCCAAUACUUAACCCUCGAAUAUUCUUCCCCUUCCGUUAUAUCUCUCCCACACCCUCCUCCCCCUUUAUUCUCUCACCCUCCUUUACCUUCACUUUCUCUCUUGCUUUCUCACCUGCCAAACACACCCUUACACCCUUCUCCCCCCGCGUUCCUGUAUACUCAUCAAAUAGAAACCAUGAAGUUCGGCAAGAGCCUUAGCAACCAGAUCGAGGAGACCUUGCCUGAAUGGCGAGACAAGUUCCUGUCCUACAAGGAGCUCAAGAAGAGAUUGAAGCUCAUAGAGCCAAACAAAGGUGGAGAUAGGCCUAUCAAACGCCCCAGAUUGGACGCUAGAGAUAGUACAGAUGGCGCCGUUGGAAGAGACAAUAAAGAUGGUAUGACAAAAGAGGAGAUCGAUUUCAUUAAUCUGUUGGAGGAUGAGCUCGAGAAAUUCAACGCCUUCUUCGUCGAGAAGGAAGAGGAAUAUAUCAUCAAAUUGAAGGAGCUGCAGGAUAGGGUAGCAAAGGCACGGGAUUCCAAUGAGGAGAUGAUAAAAAUAAGGAAGGAGAUUGUCGACUUCCAUGGAGAGAUGGUUUUGCUGGAGAAUUAUAGUGCGCUUAACUACACAGGAUUGGUAAAAAUACUGAAGAAGUAUGACAAAAGAACUGGUGCUCUCAUUCGGUUGCCCUUCAUCCAGAAGGUCUUGCAACAGCCCUUCUUUACAACUGACCUGCUAUACAAGCUUGUAAAAGAGUGCGAGAACAUGCUUGAUCGCCUAUUUCCCACAUAUGAAUCAGCAUCUUUAGCCGAAGCAGUUGAUGGGGAUGAAGGAUGUGAUCCAUCAACUUCUGCCGCAGCCAACAAUGAUGGUCUGCUCAGAGUGCCCAAGGAACUUGCCGAGAUUGAACUUAUGGAGAGUUCAUACAUGAAGAGUACCGUUUCAGCAUUACGGAUCUUGAAGGAAAUUCGGAGCAGAAGCUCUACUGUUAGUGUGUUUUCAUUGCCACCACUGCAGUUGACUGGGUUGGAGGAUACUUGGAAGAAGGUACCCAUUCUGGAACAGGUUGCCAAGUGAUUUGAUUUUGAGAAAGGAAAUAGGACCAGAUAUCACUUUGUUUUGUAAUACCACUGUUUCCCUGCCCUACCCCUUUUUGGGUUUACUUUCUUGCAUAUUUUAGAUACCAAUACAUAUGUAAAAUGUUUAGUUCAACAUGGAAUGAAUAUUAUAUAAGCACAAGUUCUGGUUAAAA